CUCUGAUUUGCUCUUCUCUGGCACUGCGAUUUGGAGAUAUCCGCAAGCCUUGUGAUUGCUGUACAACGUGGUUUCGCUUCCAUGGCUAGUCGUCCCAUUUAUUUCUACACCUCGAGAAACUCCCCCCUUUCACGAGACCGAUCUAAGUUCUAUUCUGGUCGUCACCGGCACUUUGCUGCAACUCGUCAUUCGGAGGCGUGGCGAGCAACAGGCGCCCUUUUAUAUUCCUGUCACGGUCAUCAAUUCCUCAAAUAUGGCAUUCUCCGGCUUCAUCUUUUCUGUGGGGCGCAUCCAUGAUCUAUGUCCAGGACAAACGACUGCCGCUGUCAGGCGGGAGGUCCCUUGCCUACGCUGACAAUGGCAAUACCUCAAGUUCUACUCUCAUUCUCUUCCUUCAUGGGGCAUUUUCCGUCGGUGAUGCGUCUCGACUAUCUCCAAUUUUGGUCGGGAAAAACAUCCAUUUCAUAGCUCCUUCACUUCCUGGCUGGGGCAAGUCUUCGCCUGUUUCAGACCCUUCAAAUUACUCCACUACACUUGCAAGCGACAUGUCCACCUUGUUAGCCCACCUACGGACUGAUGCUUUGCACCUGAAGAUCAUAAUUUGCGGUUAUUCAUUUGGCACCGUGGCCGCUCAGAUGCUGUAUGGUGCCCCCGCUAGCGUGUUCCCUUUCCGUUCACAAAUUUCAUCUCUCGUUCUCCUCGCUCCCCAUACCCCGCCACAUUGUCACAUGGAUUAUGCCAAAGAUAUGUCGUGGCAAUCCUACUUCCUGACAGGUCCCCCAUGCCGUUAUAUACCAUUUAACAUUCCCGCCCGUCUUUCGAGGUAUGCUUUGGUGGCAAAACUGAAAUCUGUGUCAGCAGCAGAAAUCUUCAUACGCCGUUCUCUCUUUGACCGUAUGACAGAUCGAGAGCGGGAGUCGUAUCUGCAUUGGAAAGAGGAUCACGGCUUGGGUGAGGGUCAGUUUGAGCGGGAAAUGGCAGCGAAUAUGCUGCGCAGCGUGGGGCAGACAUGGGAAGGAUUUCUCCAGAUACCGACCAUUUACCACUCAGGGUGGGGUGGUUUAUCACCAUCCACACUUGUCAAAGGGCGCAAGGAUGGUUUUUCUCCUCCCGUAUACAUUGUCGCUGCUAAGCGGGAUCAUACAGUGUCGCUGAAUGCCGCACGAUGGUUAGCGGGACAGUAUCCGAACGCCAGCCUCAAAGUAGUCGAUGGCAGUCACAUAUCGCUUCUAUUACAUCUGGACGACAUUUGGAAGGAAAUCCUGGAUUGACAUUACAGUACGACAAAAGUAAUUAAUUGUACAAAUCAAGCUAACAAUAUAGUAC